AUGGCCAACUCCGGUAGCAACUCUCCUUCCCGUAACCCCGAGUCCCCUCCUCGUUCCGGGUCCGACGAGAACGUGACUCCGGCGAUGGCGGUGAGCAAUAAUAAUCCUACUCCGUCAAGGGAAGGAGGAGGAGGAGGAGCAGUUGGAUCUUAUACUCUGCAAAGAAAUGUUCCUGGUAUGGAGACGAACCUAAGAAAGAGGGCUAGGGAAGGGGGAGACCCGGGAGCGGGUCCGUCAACCCUGCCACCGCAACUGAGGCCGGCUCCUCCAGUACUCUCUGUCGACGUCGCCCCGGAAGUCCCGGUGUUGGCGACAGAAGACGGGGAAGCGGUGGAGUUAGUUUGCGCGGUAUGCGUAAUAAGAUUUGAGAGUGAUAAGAGUCUGGCUAGGCAUAUGAGGAUGCAUCCGGAGAGGCCGUGGCGGGCAAUGUUCCCACCACCGAGGGAUGAAUUUGCUGAUGUUAGAGAACUGUUGAACGAUCCCGAAGAAGAAGAAGAAGAAGAAGAAGAGGAGGCCGAGAGGAAGCCGAAUCUCCCCGAUUUGAACAAGAGUCCAUAA